AUGCCCUCACUCACACUAACAGAUCCAGACAUGAUCCUGCCAUACGAAGGCGACCGCCAAUCCCAAACUCCCUCCCCACCCCAAUACCUAUCGCAUAUCAACUCUCGCUCUGAUCCCAAUGCCCCCGUCACUGGGACAUCCAACCGACAUAAGAAAAAUUUUUCUCGCCAUGCCUGGACGCCACACGACGUGGCCGCUAGUCGCCGACUCUCGGACAUCGGCGAGGAGCAAUCCCCUGCUCGGUUGGAGGGAUUUGGCGAUUCCGACUCCCGGCAGGACCUGGCGAGCUCGCCGUUGCUACGUGACGAACAGAAUAGGGACAGUGCUAGGUGGAGUAGCUCCAACUCCACGAUCAGUGCUGGAAGCAGACGCGCCUCCGCUUCGAGGGAGGUGGAUGAGCCACAUAACGGACGCGACGAAUCCCCAGUCCAUCCCGAGGUCGUCAGAGCGCAAGCUUCAGCGGUCGUUGAAGCUGCAGGUGGUCCCUCGGUUCCCACUAGCAGCGCCGUGGCGUCUGCAGCUGCAGAGGGCAAGGGGCCCGGUGAGGAGUUUUCCUCGGCGAUCCUCAGCAGCGAGGCGGAGCGGAUUUUGGAAAAUGCGAAGAAACGACUGAAUCUUAUGGAAGGCAAUCUCACUCGAGCUCGAUCAACGACCACGCGCGCUACGGCCUCACCCUCGCCCUCGUUCUCGAAUUCCAGCUCUGUUCAAUCAAUGGGCAGGCAUCAGCCUGUCGGCGGACUGUAUCGGUCUAUCUCACGCACGGAUCCUAAGAGCUCCUCGCUUCGACGGCAAUCGCUCAUUGCGGCGCAAGAUACGACAAAUAAUCGCCAUUCAAGAGUACAUUCGGAGACUAACGUUCCCUCCGAGUCCAACUACCCGAGUGAUCCUAAACGCAUGAACCGCUCCGUCAGUGCGAUGGGUGCGAGCACUUCUUCCAGUCUCCAUACCGACGAUCGAUCCUUCCAUUACGAGCCUACGAGGGCGUAUCUAACACACCGAGCGUCCAUAUCCUCUCCCAAGCCACCAUUUCAGCCACCCAUUCAGGUACAUGACGAGGAGCAAGAGGCUCAGGCGGCACAAUCCCCUGUUUCCACCGAAGACAGUUCGUCGGACUCGCCACAUGGCUUGGGCGCUUCUUCGGAAGAAGGCUCUAAAUCUAGCCCAGAGGGGUUCAGCCCAGUCUACAGCUCGUAUGGUCCGCCCAGCCGUGCGCAGUCACAGCUGCAGGUGCGUGAUCUACAAUAUCAGAUGAAAGGUCUCCAUAUCAAGAUAUCUUCUCUCAAGGUGAAGACCCAGGAGGAUAAUCUUCGCCGACGCAGCUUGCAAAGCCUGCGGACGCCCAGCCCCUUGACAGCCGCCGACCACUGGUAUGCGAAUGCGCUGGAGCUCAGAGAUGGCCGCAGCAGCCGUGGCUCCAACGCCCGGCGUGAUACCAGUUCUGAAAACACUCGCGAUAUGUCGGAGGAAGGACGACGAGAAAGAGACGAAUAUGCAGCCGGCAACAUAUCCAAGCACGUCGACGAUUGGCAGCGCAAUGAACCCGAUGGCUAUGACGACACCCAAUCGGUCUCCGAGAGCAUGUACGAAGAUGCCGAAGAAGGUGAUUACGAUGAGGACAUCGACCGCGAGGCCCUGGACGAGAUUCUCCGAGAACCGCUCGACGACGAUCUCGACAACGAUAUGGAUGCCUUUCCGAAAAUGCCCCGGCACACGGACGCGACGCCCCACGAGAUGCGCGAAGAUGCAUUCGACUACGAGCACUUUAUCCUGCACAGCGCAUUAGGAAAUUACACUCAGCAACUUCGGCGCGUGAGCAACGGCUCCGCCAGAUCAGUCGAGACCACCCGGCCCACAUACACCGCGCGACACUCGCGUAAUAACAGCAACAUGUCCGUCUCGACCGUUGCAACCUUCGCAACUGCUACCGAAGGCGAGCGACCCGAUGACGAGGACGAUGUCGACAGCGUUAUGUACUGGGACCGACGGUUCAAUCAUGGUUCGUCCCCGUCAUCCACUCCCCUUGGACCCCUUGGAGAUCACGACACUAAUUCCUGGACAGAGUUGCGUCAUGGACAUGCUCACGGCCAUUCAAACUCACACUCACAUUCCCUUACCAUUGCCCACAGCCACCAACCAAGCCCAAUUCAGGAAGUCGAGAUCGAGGAGACUGAUCGUAGUGAAACACCCCGGGGGCCUCAGUAUGAUGAAGGCGAGACUACGGUGCACGCCAGCCAUUCUCCUCAAAAGCAAACUGGUCGCUCAUCCUCUACAGCCGGGUCUGCAACGCCAAACUCCCUCGUUUCGUCCCUUGUCUCGACGGUGCGCGCCGCUUCCAGUACCCCUAGUCUCGGAGGCAUCAACCAGGAUGAUACGCAGAUGCUGGAGGCGCUCUUUGGAAGUCUGGGUAAUGUGUGCAUGGAUCUCCAGGCUAUCACUACCUCGCCAGAUCCGGAUUUGAAGGCUGCGCGUGUGCUGCGGCGGAGGCUGGAUGCGGCGCGCAGAGUUCUGGAUGGAGAGCUUGAUGCUUGA